GGCGCGCAGGGAUUCGGGGGCAAAGCGCGGCCCCGCGAGCAGUUGCGGCGGGAGAGCGGCGGCCCAGAGCCUGAUCGCCCGCUCCCGCGCCGCCCGCCUCCCCGCCGCUCCCGCCGCCGCGCAGCCAUGUCCGAAGAGAAGCCCAAGGAGGGGGUGAAGACGGAGAACGACCACAUCAACCUGAAGGUGGCCGGGCAGGACGGCUCCGUGGUCCAGUUCAAGAUCAAGAGGCACACGCCGCUGAGCAAGCUGAUGAAGGCCUACUGCGAGAGGCAGGGCUUGUCGAUGAGACAGAUUAGGUUCAGGUUUGACGGGCAGCCGAUUAACGAGACGGACACCCCCGCGCAGCUGGAGAUGGAGGACGAGGACACCAUCGAUGUGUUCCAGCAGCAGACGGGAGGCGCACGGGAGAGCGGCUGGCCCUAAGGGUGCCGCCUCUGCAGGGACCGUCCCCACGUGUCCUCGUGCUCGCACCUGCUGUGGAAUAGUGAACCCGUGACCAUGCCAAUCACAGAGGAGUCUGCGCAAACCCGAGGACAGUCACCAGAAUUGCUUUCCUCUCUGACGUUUUGCAAGGGCAACUCAGAACUCUGCGGGGGGAGGGCGCCCACAGCUGAAGUCAGGCCAGUCACACUUGUCUUUGUUGGGGGGAAAGGAGUGGUGAGGGUUUUGGGGUUCGUUUGCUUUCAUUUUUGUUUUUUCGUCCCUCUAACUUUUGCCCCCAAAUGUGUGGUGUGAAUGUCCACUUUUAGUCUAGAUGGGGAUCUGACCCCAGGUGUUGACCCCCCACCCCCACCCCCACCCCACUGUUUAUUCCAGUGGAGACCUCACGGCACCACAGCGUGGGGCUGCUUCCGUUGGAUGAGUUUUGGGGCCGGUUUGGGGAUGGGAAACAAUCUUUCACGAUGUCAUACAGGCACAGGUAUUUGAAAUGGUAAAUACUGCAUUUCAGGAAAGAGUAAAGUCAGAGGGAAAAUACUGGAAGGCCUUUUAAAAGGUGAAAAGGAAAAUAAGCAGGUCUUUCAGACCCUUGGCCCCGACGGAGAAGGAAGCCACCCCCACGCGUCUCACUGGGCCCUGGGGCCGUGGCCGCCCGUUUCUCCUCUGGGCAGUUAAGGCCUCUAUACAAAAUCCGGAUUCAGCACUGCUGAGUUUGCAGCUGUUUUUGCGUGGAAGACCUGCCUCAGAGUGUGUUGGCGGUGGAGCCCCUGCAGCGGUGACUUGGCGUUGCCCUCGUGGACGUGGGCUGCGCUGCUUUCCCAGUAGGUGUGGGGUGUACGCUUUAGGACGGGGUUUCGUUCUCUACCAGUUACACAGCUGCUUCUCCUGCUGCUGCGUGCACGCCCACUGCCGCCGGUCCUAGUCCCCGAGCGGACCGCGACAGCGUCCCUCACCUGCCUGAAAUCUUGCCGAAGGCCUUUGCGUUUCCUUUGUGUUCUGCUGUCCGGGCGAGGGUGGGAGGUCGGCUGGCUCUGUUCUGUGUAUUCACCAAUUUGUACACGAUUUGUUGUCCUUUGCUACUGUAAACAGUAAAUAUAGUUUGCUAUUCUGUC